CAUGACCGUGCGGGGUUUUCCCUUCAACCAAAAUAGCCGUGACACUAGUGACGUCAUUCUUGCCACGCUGGCCGAAUCAGCGUGUGUGUUAGCUACGUCGCAACGAAAGCUAUUAUAAUAAACAACAUAGAAAUUCCAGUACUCAGACCACAUUCAUAGCAGAGCACCCAAGAGAUUGUUUGGAAGGUUAAAGCCGUCGCUUUUUCAAUCGUAUUGACAAAUAAUGAAAGAGAGGAGUGUUACCGAAACACAGAGUUUGGAGAUCGAAAGUUUUAUUUCGGCGGCGACAUACCCUAUUCGAUAUAUCGCCAAACUUUACCAAAUUAUUCACGAAGAGAGACAACGAGAAGUCGUCGUUCAACCUUCGAAGGCUAGAACAGAUUUCAAGAAGAAAAUUGUGACUAGGGAAUCGUCCGUUAUGGAACUUCGAUUCAACGAUCUUCCUGUAAAUUUACAGUUGUACAUAUUUUCGUAUUUAAACGCGAAGACACUUAGUGGAAUAGCAAGAACGUGCAAGUAUUGGAAGAUGCUAAGCGAAGACAAGAUACUGUGGGAGAAUCUCUUGUGGACCGAUUUGCAAAAGUGGAAGUUUAUAAAUCACAGAUCAUAUCCCUACACCUACUUGGAAACUAACUCGGAGCUUACUCCAAAACAAAUAUAUUUAAGAUGCUGUCCAGAGUGCCAAAAAAUACAACAGACAACGAGGAACUCCUUCACAUCACUACUCCUCCACACUCUUCCUGCAAGCAUGUUUCAAAGACACCCUCCAAAAGUUGUCAUGUUUGGCCCAGGUCUCGAGUCAGAUACUCAUAAACUUGUACAGAAACUCCUUUGGGAUAAGACAAUUUCUCCAGCUACUGUGGAUGGAAUGUUUCCAGGGGAAUUUGAAGGGAUUGGUUCUGGAGUGUGUUUGAAAAUAGGUGGCUCCAAAAUGAACCUGAUAACACUCUACGCAACUAACAGGGCAGAAAGAGAACAAAAUGCAAGGGAAGGUCGAAACAGGGUCAGCAAAUUGUUGGCAGCAGCUCCACCCCAGCCAGAAGCUGAUGGUCAAGAAGAUAAUGAUGAUGGAAAUGACUUGAGGACUGUUGAAGUGAGCCACGGAGUAAGGCUGCUCUGCCAGAAUGUUGAUGCUUUUAUUUAUGUUGUUGACUCUUCGGCAGAGUCGCAAAGAGUGAAUAUUGGGGACAAAGAGCUACAAGCCAUGAUGAACAAUAGCAAGUCACAACCCAGGCAGCCACUCCUCGUGCUAUCUGCUGUUGCCACGCAAGAUACCUUACCUCUGUCCUGUGUGAGGGUCACCGACAUGUUACAAAUGAACAAACUCAACAGACCUUGGCAGGUUAACAUGAUGUGUGUUGAAAACUUGGAUGGCCUUUUGGAAGGCAUGACAUGGCUGCUGAAGCAAGUAGUAUAGAAUGAUUAUUAACUCUGUAAAUAAAGAUAAAAAAGUUUAAUAAAAUUUAUUAAAUAAAUGUCAAAUUUGAA